GUUUAUACUUCCGUUUCUUAGCGAGAAAGAACGAGAGUUCGCGUCAUCGUGAAAAUAUAGAAACGAAAUAAAGUACCGGUCUUUAUUCUGCUACAAUAUGGGUGCAUUUGAUUUUCUCGAUGAGAUCCGCCGCAUGAAUGCGAGACAGGUACAGAUUUUGUUAAACUGUAGUGCCUAUCAUGUUUAUGCGUUGCAUGUUGUACGUGCGAGUUUAGAUUACACCGACCACCAGUGCAAGACCAGUCGCUAGUUUACUAGUUACUAUAAUACUAGGACUAGUAUUAUUAUGUAUAAUGGAUACAGUAUACUGUAUACUAAUACUAGACCUAAUACUAAUUUUAAUUAGUAAUUACUAGCAAGUUAGUAAGAGUAAGUGAAUAGCUAAUUGGAAAGUCCGAGAUUUGAUUACUCACUUCUCUAGUCAGGGAAGAGAAUUUAGAAGAUUAAAUGAAAUUUUUAAAAAGUAAGGAAAUUAGAAUUUAUUUAUUAGAAAGAUUAGCCAGUUAGUUAGUUCAUUCAAUCAUUGGGCUAAGUUCUAGGUCUAAGGCAUUGUUUGGUAAAUUUUGAGUUAACGGUAUGGGUUUUGCCAAGAUUUUUCUCACCCUAAGCGCAGUUGGGAAAUCCCAACACGGGACUUAGGGCUUAGGGUGAAUAGAUCUAAAUCUAUUCUUUGAAGGACCCGAACUAUGUGUUACGUCCGGCGCGCCGGACAUAUAUCUCCCACACUAUUUGUCCGGCGACCAAGUCACAUGACUGCCAUAACAAAGUGGCAAGAGAUAUCUUGUCGGUCAGCCUUGUCACGUGACUGCGAAUGAUUCAAAACUAUUGUUAAUUUUAAAAUCUAUUUCUCUACCAAGUAAUGUACUGAGUAUCUUGAAUGCAAAUAAUAGAAAAAAACUUAAGUGAAAGUGGCUUGUAAAAAUUUUUGUUUAGUUUGUUAUUUGAGUUUGUGCACCAGUAAUACAUAAAAUAAAUUAGAGGCCAGUGUGGAGUAGGCAACCAAUAAAAGUAAAGCAUUUCAUUUUAAAUUGUUACAAAAUAUUUAAACACUUCUCAUGAAACUACUGUUGCUGAUGAACAUGAUAAUAUAAAUAUAGUAUAAAAUAUGUUACAUUAAAAUGGGAGUAAAAAAAACGAUCCUAUCCCCGGUAUUGAUCCUCACAUCAUAAUAUCGUCAAGUGACCACUCUACCACUAGACCACACAAGAUCUACUGAACUGUACUUCGUUCGGAAUUAUAAAAAUACUAGCCGUCCGGCGGUCACGUGACAUAGCGCCGGACGUAUAUCUUGCGCACUAUUUGUCCGGUAGACACUUCGUAUAACAUUCCUGUUCUUUAUUGAGCAUUACUCGCAUCAUAAAUGAUACGGUUAAUAUGAAGUAUAUUGAAAUUAAAUUUUCCAUUAAUUUGUAUUAAAAUUCAACUUAUACGUUUCAAAAGAAAGGAAAAAAGAAACACAUCCUUGCUGAUACCCCAAGACCCAACACCGGUGAAAAAAAAGACGCUCGCCAAAAUUGCUUCAUUUUGAUUAGUUGAAAAUACCUGUAUGUUGAAACUUAUGUAACAAAAGUAAGACUACUGCUUAAAUUGCAUUUGGAAUGAUCUUCUAGGAACUGUGGAGGGGAGAUCCCUCCCCAAACCCCUCCCCUCACUUUAAAUACCAAAAUAAGAAACAUAGAAAUUCUCUGGGAAGGGGAGACCCCUCCCAAAUUUAACAAAAAAUUUAAAAUAAGAAAACAAUAACUUGCAUUAUGAUGUAAAUACAAACAUGGAAAUCAUUUUAUUACCGGUAUGGCACUGUAGACGGCGCUGUAGACAGAAAUGGACUGGGGGAAACCUCUGUGACCUGUCCUGUAUACCAAGUAUCACAUUGUCUGCCUUACCCCUAACUCAAAACCAGCCCAGAACUUUGCAACCACAAUUUUAGUUUACCGCUAUUAAUAAAAAUCAGUAAAAACGCACUUAAAAUCUAGAAUGUAAUGUAAAAUUUCUUAAAAGACUUUUGUAAAAGAAUGUUGUAAAAGUAAAAGCACAAAUAGACCAUAUUUAUAUGUGGCAGCACUUGCAAUACAUUUUUUAAUUUAACAAUAACAAGUAUACUUCUACACCAAGUCUAAUGCCCAUUUUGAGCCGCUCACACAUUAGGCUACGGCUUCGGAACGUGCAGAGUAUCUGCAGUAAUGUAAGUAGUGCCCCUUUGAAGGAAUAUUAGCAAGGUCGGAUCGAUUAUGAGCACUGGCACAGUUCAUUUUAAAUAUAUUUUAAAGGAUUUUGAAAUUAUUAGUUAAAAUAAAUAUUUAUUGUUUUAUUAUAAUUUUUAUGGGUAUGGAGCAAGAUUAACAGAUUGCAUUAGAUAAUAGCUGUUGACAUGGAAUUUAGUGGCUUUUUUCAAACAAAAAAUUAGGGGUUCACAUUUUACUAUACAUUAAUAUAGUAGCUAUAAGUUUCUCAACAAUUUUCUUGUUAAAAAUGUUAAUAAAUUUUUAUUUUCAUUCAUUAGAUCUAUUACCAGUUCCUGAAUUUUGGAAUGAUUGUUUCAUCUGCGCUAAUGAUAUGGAAAGGACUAAUGGUUGUAACUGGAAGUGAGAGUCCCAUUGUAGUAGUCCUUAGGUAAACUACUUUUUAUUGAUUAUUCAUUUUAGUAGGCCCUAAUUGUGUAAUGCAGUUAUUUAUCUCUUACUGCAAUAUCAUUUCCACCAUCCCUGUAUGUUACUUUUUAUUCACAUCACAUUACAGUGGUAACUAAUGUAAGUUAAAAAUAUUCCAAAUUUGAAGUAUUGACUCGUUCAACAUAAACCCAUUAGAAUGCUCACAGUUUAUUUUUAAUUUGUAUACUGGUACAAUGCAUCGUCAAAUGACAUGUUAAUAAUAUACCUGUUCAUUUAAAUUUUUUUUAAAUAUUCAGUGGGAGCAUGGAGCCUGCAUUUCAUAGAGGAGACCUCCUACUGUUAACAAAUCACAGAGAAGAGCCAAUCAGAGUAGGGGAAAUUGUUGUAUUUAAAAUUGAAGGAAGAGACAUACCUAUAGUCCACAGAGUGCUUAAAGUUCAUGAAAAGUGAGUAUUUUAUCAGCUUUUAAAACAGGCAGCUACUCCUUUGUUUAAAAUUGGCAGCGACUCACAGUAUAAGAGUCCAUACUAAAUGAAAAAUAAAAGCCAAGUCCAAUAUGGCUACCAUAAAAUCAAAUCAUUGUUAACAAUUUUAAGCAGUGGACACACUAAAAAUAUUUUUAAAGUUAUUUGAAACACCAUUCAAGUAAAAUGUUGUGAGGAGCAGUGUCCUAGCAGAUGGUUAUUAUUAUUUGAUUGGAUGGAUUACAUGAUAGGUGCUAUCUUUUCUUUAAAGGAACUUAUAUUUUGUUUGCUAAUUGACCUGCUGGGACACACCUGUUGAUGACUGUGAUCUAAUUCAAUGUGCUGACUGUCAAGAUAAAGCUAUGUCCAUUUUAUUAUAGAGAUGAUGGCACAGUACGAUUUUUGACCAAAGGGGACAAUAACUCUGUCGAUGACCGAGGGUUGUACGCCAAAGGACAGUUGUGGUUAGAGAAGAAAGAUGUUGUAGGCAGAGCUAAAGCGUAUGUAUGGUUUCUGUUUUUUUACUUUAAAAAUUAAACGAAGCCAUAGUUCGAUAUUUAUUUGAUCAGUUUAUUCCCAAGAUAUAGUUAGAGAUCAAGUUGCAAAAAAAACAAAACAUUCCAACAAAUAACAAAUCCUUUUUAUUUUGUACCGCCCUGAAACACUGCAACUUACUUCCAAAGAAUGCGUUACCAUGGUUCAUUUUGGUUUAAAUUGAUAAAAGUCCUUGUAUUUUUUUUUAGCGUUCAGUGUCAUUGGAUCAGUACAGAGAUGUUUAUUGCAAUUAUGAAACUUUGCCAGUUAAAAAUGCUAAUUAUAAACAUUUUUUUUCUCUCCAGAUUUUUACCAUACGCUGGUAUUGUGACAAUUCUGAUGAAUGAUUAUCCAAAAUUCAAGGUUAGUUGUUCAUGAUUACAUUUAAAAUUUAAAGUAAAUACUUCAGUUUUAUUUCAAUUGCAGUAUGGCUAAUCUUAAAAAUACGGACUAUGGAAAGGUUUAGUUUUGUUCAAACUACUACAUAUUAGUUUCUAGAUUUAAUUUGGGUUUUAAAUACACAGUCAGUAUAAUUAAUUUAGCUUAUGUUAGAGAGCAAAAUAUUUAGAAAACGAGAGCCAUUAAAAAGGUUUUCUUUUGCUUAGUUUUAUUGAUAUUCAAAUAAAUAUGUGUCCUUAUUAUUUAGAUGAAAGUUUUGCAAUAAGUAAGCACAGCAUAAUUCAUUAUUUGAGGAGCCUUUCUAGCAUGUUAAUACUUUCAAUAUACUUUUUUUUAUACAUUUACUUUCAGUAUGCAAUUCUCGCCUUCUUGGGAAUCUUUGUAUUAACUCACAGAGAAUAGCAAGCCUUCUAACUAGGAGUGAGUUUGACAGUGUGUUCAGAUGAUGGUGAAUGAAUGUUUAUGAAAAAUUUAGCAAAAGUGUUAUAAUUUGCGUAAGCGUGUAAUAAAACUACUGGUACAAGGGGAAAAAAAAGGUUAUUUAAAACAUUUUGUAGUGUGUUGAUGAUAAAUUAAUACUUAAUUGUAACUGUGCUUGAGAGAUGAUCUGAAGAUUUUAGUCAAUUUGUUUUGGUUAGGUAACUAUAAAUAGAAUUAAAGCGAUGGCUUUCCUUACUUAAAAUUCUACAAAAAUACAUCUCCAGUAGGAGUAAAUACUCAAAUUCAUUAAAAUGGUGGGAAAGAACUAACUUUCCAUAAUAAAAUUUUUAGAGGGAAGCAUAAGCUUCAGCUCCUAGAUUUAGAUAUAUUCAAAACAUCAAAAUAAAUAAAGUAUUGUAUUUGUAGAUAAAGAUCAAUUACAAAGAUAAUAGGGCCCAAUACGGUAGUUAAAACAUUUUGUAUAUAACUUGAGCUUCAUUUCUAUGUACAUGCCAUUGUGUAAUCAGCAGUGAUAGUAAAUGGUUGGUUUUAUGUUUUAAAGUGAGGCAAAAAUGUUUUGUGUUAAAAUAGUAUUAAAAAAGGGAGAAAGUAGUUAUAAAUGCUUCAUUGAAUGCGUGUGGUACUGCACAGUGUCAUCUUAUUUUUUUGCUUGGUGGUGGCUGAGAAAAUUGUUAACUUUUUUCUUCAUGUUUGAAUCAUGACCACUUUAUAAAAAAAAUCAAACAUUCUAUUAUAUGUAUAUUUUUUAUCACUUCUUUUAAAAUUAAACUUUUCAAAAUUUUUAAGUUAUAAUUUAUUUUGAAUGAUUUCCUUCACAUCACCGGUUGUAAGAUAAUUUUUAGAAAAAAAAACCACAUACACCUAUGUCAGAAUACAUAUCUUAUUUUAAAUUUGGAACAAUAAAAAUCAUACAGUUCCUCAAAUUUUAUUCAUUUAUAAGGUGAACUAUUGUCUGUCACUAAAUUCUGAUAUUCAUACAAGUCCUGAGAAACAAAGUAUCUGAAUGGCCAAUGAUUAUAGAGAUUAACUCAUAUGUUUGCAUUAGUUAAAAUUUAGGGGACUUGUAAAUGUAUGGGCCUUUGUAUUAAAGUUAAAGGCACUUGACAGAUAAAGUUAAAAUAGGUGUUUGUGAAGCCUUUUUAUUAAGUCAAAUGCUCUUUUAUUUCUUGUAAACUGUGAUGUUGGUGUUAUUUUGUAUUAUUUUUCCGUCUAACAUGUUAUUUGCUGGGUAUGGGGAACAAUGUUUCAAAUAAUAAAAGCCCCCAGAUAAUUUUCAUUUGGUCUGGC